AUGUGGGCGUGGUCGUGAGCAAAGUAUGUCCAGAUAGAACAGAGGGAGGCGAUUUGUGCUUGAGGAAGAUGGCGACGGCAAAGAAGACUGGAAGCGGUGUUCUUGAAAAAGCAGUAAACAGAAGGCGUUCAUCAAAACACAAUGAGGGUCCAAAAGUGAUGGACACCAAGGCGGUGUUCACUGCCCUGUAUGACGUGUGUGAAGAGAAUGCCACCUUUUUUUCGGGGGCCACUAAGGGCCAAGCCGGGAAUGCAGCUCAGCACCUGGUGGAUGCCAUGACCACUAUUCAGGAGCAUGCUCGUAGUUUGGAGCCUGUCAUCACUGGAUUUGCUGCCAUCUACCACCAUUUUGACUUUGACCCUCAUAUUCCUGCCAACGGAUAUCGCUCCCUUGUUAAGGUGGUGCGCUGCUGCCUCCUCCAAAUCAUCAAUAAAGGACGCUAUAUCACAUCCAACAGACGAAGCAUCUUUUUCCGUACCAGACACAAUGCGGUGGAGAUGGAGGCGUACUGCAGCGCUCUGUGUCAGCUCAGGGCGCUGCUCUAUCUAGCUCAGAGACUGCUUCAUGACAACAGCCAUGGCAACCUCUUUUUCCAGGAGGAGAGCGGCCUCAGUCAGAGCUUCCUCAGAGAGUCCGCCUCCAUGCACAAAGGCUGCUUCUAUGGCCGCUGUGUUGGAUUUCAGUUUACUCCUGCCAUCCGUCCAUGCCUGCAGUCAAUUGCUAUAAGCCUGGUGGCCUUCGGAGAGAACUACAAGAAGCAUCAGUCAGGGAUAGGUGUAGCAGCCAGUUCAUUCUUAACCUCUGGAAAGUACGCCAUUGACCCUGAACUGAGAGGUCAAGAGUACGAACGCAUCACACAGAAUCUCGACGUUCAUUUUUGGAAGACGUUCUGGAACAUUACAGAGACUGAAGUGCUUUCAAGUCUGGUGUGUAUGACGGCCACACAAGUGAAGGUGAAUCGAGCUCUUUCUGUGCCUCCCAUGGCCUUUGACCUGCCAUUGGCAUCAGAUCCUACCCACAUGGUGACUGUGUCUCCUCCGGCAGCUCAUAUCGGCCCAGCACCUAUCCAAAUGAGACUGAUCUCUUAUGAGCUGAGGGAAGGACAGGAUAGCGAGAAGCUGCUGGCAAUGUGUCGCUCAGAAGGGGGGCACAUCUCUCUCUCCUUGGGCCUGAAGAGUAAGCGCAGCCCUCGUUCCCCAUGGCUGGUGCUGCACUUCCAUGGAGGAGGCUUUGUGGCACAGACUUCCAAAUCACACGAGCCCUAUCUGAGGAGCUGGUCUCAAGAUCUGAAUGCAGCUGUCCUCUCAGUAGACUACUCCCUGGCCCCUGAGGCACCGUUUCCUCGGGCUUUGGAGGAAUGUUUUUAUGCCUACUGUUGGGCCAUCAAGAACCACAAUCUGCUAGGUUGGACUGGUGAGCGUGUGUGUUUGGCCGGUGACAGUGCAGGUGGAAAUCUGUGUGUCACCGUGUCGAUGCAGGCCGCGUCUCAUGGUGUGCGCAUGCCAGAUGGUAUCGUCGCCGCAUACCCAGCAACCCUGCUCACCGCGUAUGCCUCGCCCUCUCGCCUGCUUACCCUCAUAGAUCCUCUGCUGCCCCUCAGUGUGCUCUCACGCUGCCUCAGUGCUUAUGCAGGCACAGAGCCACAGGUCGAGAAACAGGUGGAGAAGGUGAGCACUUUGAGCAUGGUGAGGAGAGACACUGCCCUGCGUCUCAAAGACUUCAAACAGGGGGCCUCCGACUGGAUCCAUUCUCUGCUGGACAGAGGAAGUUCAGAUGCUGUAAGGAAGAGUGUAUCAGAUGCCUCUCUGACCUCUCCUCACACAGACCCUCCAGUGCCCACAGAGCCUUCCAAGUACUCCCAGGAGAAAGGGUCUGUGAAGAACCAGACAUGCCAUGACUUGGGCAGCCACACUAACAGCAGCACCAGCAAUGUGCAGAAAAAUGCCAGCCAGAUUGCCAACCACCUUAGCACUUCAACAACCAACCAUAGCUCCAUCUUUGACAUUACGCUGACACCCGAAAACCAGCUCGAGGAUGUGAGUUUCUUCCUCUGCAAAGAAGUGGAUCCCGCUGUGUCAGAAACUUUUUCCUCUGUGGCCAUUCCACCCCCUUGUGGCGAGGAGGACUCUGAGAACCCACGGGAGUUUCCUGAGGGCUUUGAGCCUUUACGCUCAGCGCAGUUAGCAGAGAUGAUAGUGCAGAAUUCCCCCAUUGUCAGAAACCCAUACAUGUCCCCCCUGCUGGCUCCAGACAGCAUGCUGAAGGGACUCCCUCCUAUACACAUAGUGGCCUGUCAUCUGGACCCCAUGCUAGACGACUCAGUCAUGUUUGCCAAAAGGCUACGAAACAUCGGUCAGCCAGUGACCCUGUGCGUUGUGGAUGACCUCCCUCACGGAUUCCUCAGUCUGUCACAGCUCUCAACAGAGACUCGGGAAGCUACUAACGUAUGCAUGGAGAGAAUCAAGGAUGUUUUCACCAUGAAAGACCCUCCCCCAGAGAUGCGCAAGCACCGCAAACUGGAACGGACGAAUCAGAAUGCUUCGGCUACCAAAAUAAUCCACACCCGGCUUUCAAAAGAGAUUAAAUCGGAAAAGGAACAGGAGUUAGUUAUUGGCGGAGGAGCUAUUGUUGUAGAUGGGGAAGGGCUUGCUGGUUUUUCUCCUCCUACUAAAUCUGAAGCUGAAAAGAUUCCAGCAUAGAUUUUGGCCUGACAGUGACUUUAUUCUGAAUAAUACCAAAAGAUAUGUACAUCCAGAGGAAGGCCACAUAAUUUUAUAAUGACAAUCGGGGCUGGAGCAACCACUGAUUAUAGUGGAAAAGAGUGUAAUGAGAAAUGUGAUGGAAUGAGUCAUGGAACCACUUAUUAAAAUGGUAAUUAUAAAAGACACCAUUAACUAUGUAUUUGGUGAGAGAAAAAGAUAAAGUAAGGUCACACCCACAUGCAUUCCCCUUUCACACCUAUUUUACCACUUUGCCUUUUGUUGUAUUAUACCAGCACAAAAACAAAUGUAUCCUGCCUUGUACAAAAACAUCCCAGAACAUGGAUGUUGUUGAAAGACAUUGCUAAUAAAUACAUAAACCUAAACCUUACUCAUUAUAGCACAUACUACUCUUAUACAGUCAUUAUAUCAACCUACAAACUGUGAUUUAAUAUUAUACCCAUCUGCUAAAAUUUAUGUUUGCAGAGUUGCUCAGUAGAAUGCUUUGCUGCUUGGCAUGCUGAGGCUAACUUACGAAAGCAUUUAUUAAUGUUUGAAUUUUUGCUCUCUUAUAUAGUAGCUUUUGAAUUAUUUAGGACAAAGAAUUCUAAAAUGCUGUUUAAGGCUGAAAUGAUUAGUCAACGUUAUCAACAAUAAAAAAAAUUAGCGUUGCCGAAUAGUCGUUUGAUCUCAUAUAACGUAACACGAGAUCAUAUGAAAUUCUAAUGAUGACGUGCGAGAGGAACACUGCAUCUCACGCCUGAUUGAGGAUAGGAAGAAGACACAACUCACAGUUCAGAUGCACUCCAAACUUUCCAAUCAGCAUACGAUGAUGUAGAUCGCAAAGUAUGAGGGAAUUACAAAAAUACAAAAUAAGAAAAUACAGAUGAAGUGUCGUCCUGACGUGAAAUAAAUCAAAGCCGGAUCUGGCGUUCUGCUUGAGCAAAACUUGCCUGACAGAGCGUCUAAAAAUGAAACAGUCUGGCAUUAUGUGUUUAAUGCAUCCUUUAAUAAAGUUCAAAUAAAAAGGAAGCGGGUUGCGUUAAUAAGCACAAACUCCGAAACUGGAAUUUCUCUGUGCGGUCAGAGCCACUUAUAUGAGUCAUGUGAAAAACAGAGCAACAGAGAUUCAAACUUCUGCCGGCUGAUAAGAUUAUAACAUGAUGGCUCAUGACGUAGUGAAUCAUAAUAUAUGUGUCACUGUGUGUAUCUUAUCGUGAAGAAAAUCGGCGAUUCAAGCUCUAUUAAGAAUUUUCUUCUUUUUUUUUUUUUUUUUUGUGAGUUAAAGAUGGACCGAAAUGAACAAAAAGGUGAGUGUAGUCUUAGCCCAAUAUACAAUGCAAAAAAUAUAUAUAUAAAUAAAUAACUUUAUUGAUUUGUCUUUUUUGGUUUGUUUUCCAAUAUAAAUAUCUAAAACUCCUUACGUAUUUACUUUAGGAGCUAUACUGCAGAAGAAAAAAAUAUCAGAGAAUGCUGAAUAUAAUGUUUAAUAUAUAUUUAAUAUUUUAAAAUAUCAAAAAAUCCUUAAAACAAGAUACAUUUACCUUAGAAGCAACAUAUUAAAUAUUUAGGCUGGCUUUCAAAUAAUAUAUAUUGAAUAUAUUGAAGUAUAUUUUGUCUUUUCUGCACUGGCAGAAAUAUGAACAAGUGAAAAAAUACACGUAUAUACAAAAUACACGUACUCAAGAUACAUUCUCUGAAAGCAAGUCUAAAUAUCUUAUAUGUUUAUAUCAUAUAUGAUUUUUAGAUCAUUUUAAAUGGAAAACAAGACAAAAACACUUGAUAACAAUAGGAAUUUUUGCAGUGAAUUUUUAUGAAUUAAAUUGAAUAGAAAUCCAAGUAUUUUUUCCCUUGAAAUUCAGAGAAGGUCAUUUAGAGGUAUUUUUAAAAGGUGAUUUUGUCCUCUUUACUGUUGUAUUCACGUUUAAUACAACCUUUUAAAUUGAGGCACAAGAUGAAUAGUCAGUUCAGAGCUAAUGAUUAAUCGUUUCAAUAGUCAACGAAUAGUCAAAUAAUCGUUCUAAUAAUCGUUAGAUUAGUCGACUAUAAAAAUGAUCAUUAGUCACAGCCCUAAUGCUGUUGUGUAUGUUAAUCACCCUUUAUUAAUUUACCUGCCUCAUGGCUCUUAGAGGACGUCUUAUAAGAGUAGUGUUUAAAUUAGAUUUCUGAUGCUGCUUUGUCCAGCGGUUAUUAUAUGCUAUCAAUACAUCUAUACUGAUCACAUUUCCACAUGCACUCUGUGGAAGGAAAGCUCAAGUUACACAAAUCCACACUGAAUUGUUGAUGUAGUCCUACUUGUGUUCUAUGGUGUCCUGAAUGUUUUAGUCAAGGUACUGUGUAUUAUGUAACUGUCAAAUAUUUAACAUUUUCAUUAUGGAUUAGUAAUCAUCAUUCCGAAAUAUAUGUGCAAUGUUUGUUACUGUG